GCGUAUUAUUUACGUUUACGUUCUCGUUCCGUUCGGUCGAUUCGGCAGCUUGCGGCGCGUUUAAGUACUUUAUUUUUCUCAUUCAUUGCUGGCAGAUGUCCACUAAGGCACAGUAGUAGCAGCAGCAGCAGCAGCACAUCAAAGUUUCAUUCAUUACAAAGUCUGCUUGUGCAAAGAAAAUACAUUAUCCAACUACAAUUAGGGUGAAAAGUUUGCUCGUUUCUACCGGAAUUCGUGUAUCAUUUUUAUUCCAAAAUCAUCAUUUUGCUGUUUCUGGUGAUAAAAGCAAAAGACAAAAAGUAUCAUCUCAUUGGCUCUGGACGGGAUUGUUACCGGCUCCGAAGCGGCGACCGCCAGUUGUUUUUCGAAUUCCGUUGAGGAAAGAUUCCCCAGUAGACGAGCAGCAUGACCAGUGGCAAGUAUAACUUCGCGAUUGACCGCGGAGGAACUUUCACCGAUGUCCUCUGCAUAACUCCGGACGGGGCUAUUCGUACGCUAAAACUGCUCUCGGAAGAUCCAGCUAACUAUCCGGAUGCACCGACCGAGGGAAUUCGCCGGAUACUGGAGCAGGAAACGGGACGUUCUCGAACAGAGCGAGGAUUGAUCGAUACCGAGUGUAUUGGUUGGGUUCGGAUGGGCACCACGGUUGCCACCAAUGCGCUGCUGGAACGGGCUGGCGAUCCGGUUGCGCUGGUUGUGAACCGAGGCUUCCGGGAUCUGCUGCAAAUUGGAAACCAGGCGAGACCGAGCAUCUUUCAGUUGAACAUCCAAAAACCGUCCAACCUGUACCGGGAGGUGAUCGAAAUCGACUGCCGCCUGGUGCCGGCUCAACGCGACAUCUGUCAGCUCGAACACAGCUGGCCCGAACUGCCGGGAGCCUCCGGAGCUUGCUAUCUGGAAAUGGCCCCCAUCGAUGAGGCGUCGGUGCGUGACAAACUGCAAGAGGUGCACGGUAAAGGUAUAACCUCGCUGGCCGUAGUGUUGGCCCACAGUUAUGCCUGUCCGGAUCACGAACUACGGAUUGGGACGAUCGCGGCGGAGAUUGGCUUUCGGCACGUGACCCUGUCGCAUAAGGCGAUGCCGAUGUGUCGACUGGUAGCGCGCGGAUUUACCGCCUGUGCUGAGGCGUAUCUUACACCGCAUGUUGAGCGCUAUCUUGCUGGAUUCAAGGCCGGUUUCAAGGACGAACUGCGGGGAGUGGAUGUUUUGUUUAUGCAAAGUGAUGGUGGUCUAACUAGGAUGGAGCACUUUCGGGGGGCGAGAGCGAUUUUGAGUGGACCCGCUGGUGGAGUGGUUGGAUAUGCUGUAACUGGUUCCAGAGAUUCCGAUGCUCAACCGUUGAUUGGAUUUGAUAUGGGUGGGACUUCCACGGAUGUUUCCAGGUUUGCUGGAACGUAUGAUCAUGUGAUUGAAUCUACAACGGCUGGCGUUACGAUUCAAGCUCCGCAAUUGGACAUUAACACGGUUGCUGCUGGUGGUGGAUCGCGUCUGUUUUUCCGUUCUGGUUUGUUCGUGGUAGGACCCGAGUCGGCUGGUGCUCAUCCAGGUCCAGCUUGCUACAAGAAAGGUGGGCCAUUGACGGUGACGGAUGCGAAUUUGAUACUUGGGCGUCUUCUACCGGAAUAUUUCCCGAAGAUUUUUGGUCCCAGUGAGACGGAAGCGUUGGAUUAUGUCGCAACUAAGGAAUCUUUCGCCGUGCUGCAGGCGGAGAUAAAUCAUCACUUGCUGGAAUCUGGAGAACGGGAACGGCCUCUAACGGUGCAGGAAAUAGCAAUGGGUUUUGUACGUGUUGCGAAUGAGGCCAUGUGUCGGCCUAUUAGAGCAUUGACACAGGCCCGCGGUCUGGAUACUUCCAAACAUGUGUUGGCUUGUUUCGGCGGUGCCGGUGGACAGCAUGCUUGCAGUAUUGCUAAAGAACUUGGAAUGAGUAGAGUGCUGGUGCAUAAAUAUGCUGGAAUUCUUUCCGCCUAUGGAAUGGCUUUAGCGGAUGUGGUUUACGAGGUUCAGGAACCUGCUGGAAUUGUGCUGAGUGAAGAGAAUCGUUUGAUUAUCAAAAAGAAGUUGGAUGAUUUGUGUCAGUCUUGCACGGAUCAUCUCGCAGGGCAAGGAUUUUCUGAUGAAGCAAUCGUUUUGGAGCCGUAUCUUCAUCUGCGCUAUGAAGGUACCGAUUGUGCGCUGAUGUGUUCCCCUGAUAAGGUCAUUGCUAAUCAGGAUAACUACAUCUACACGUACGGAGAUUUUGAGAAAACGUUUUAUAACCGUUAUAGAAGUGAGUUCGGGUUUGUGUUGGAAAACCGGAAAAUACUUGUCGAUGAUAUUCGAGUUCGUGGUUCGGGACGUUCGUCAGUGUUUGAGGAGUCAUGUGUUCCCGAAGCGGAUGGACCAAUCUACCCGGAAAAGACUACGACUGCCUUCUUUGAAGAAGGGCAGCUAGUAACUCCGGUGUUCGAUUGUUCAAAAUUACGCUAUGGACACGUCGUUCAAGGGCCAGCAAUAUUGAUUGAUAAACUUUCCACUAUUGUUAUCGAGCCGGACUGCCGUGCACUGGUAACGGCCAGAGGGGAUCUGAUCAUUGAAGUUGGUUCCGGAAGCUGUAACAAACGAAUUGACGAUCGACUGGAUGCGGUGCAGUUGAGUAUUUUCAACCAUCGCUUCAUGAGCAUCGCAGAACAAAUGGGCCGUGUCUUGCAGCGAACGGCUAUUUCCACUAACAUCAAGGAGCGAUUGGAUUUCUCCUGUGCCUUAUUCGGUCCCGAUGGUGGAUUGGUGAGCAACGCUCCUCACAUUCCGGUGCAUCUUGGUGCAAUGCAGGAAACUGUCCAGUAUCAAAUUAAAGUUCGCGGAGAUACACUGAAACCAGGCGAUGUUUUGCUUUCAAAUCACCCGCAAGCCGGUGGCUCUCACCUUCCCGAUCUAACGGUUAUAACACCGGUAUUUUAUCCAGAGGUGCCUAAGCCGGUAUUUUUCGUGGCUUCCCGCGGUCACCACGCAGAUAUUGGAGGAAUUACACCGGGUUCAAUGCCGCCGCACUCGAAAUCGCUCUCCCAAGAGGGAGCCGCUUUCAAGUCGUUUAUGCUGGUGGACGGAGGAGUCUUUCAGGAGGCGGAAAUUAUCGAUCGUCUCAGCACUCCGACUAGUGCACCCGGGGCAGCCGGCACCCGAAAUUUGUCCGAUAAUCUAUCCGAUCUGAAGGCCCAGAUUGCCGCCAAUCAGAAGGGUAUUCAGCUGGUAGCGGAACUGAUCGACAGUUAUGGGCUGAAUGUUGUCCAAGCUUACAUGGGUUAUAUGCAGCAGAACGCUGAACUGGCCGUCCGAGAUAUGCUGAAGCAAAUUGCCAAAGAAACGAAGCUCAGAACUGGAUCAACUGUUUUAACAGCAACGGAACAAAUGGACGAUGGUUCCCCGAUAUGUUUGCAGGUUUCGAUCGACGAUAAGGAAGGUUCCGCCGUUUGUGAUUUUAGCGGUUCCGGUCCGGAGGUGUACGGAAACUGCAACGCACCUCGUGCCAUCACUCUAUCCGCACUGAUCUACUGUCUGCGCUGCAUGGUUGGGCACGAUGUGCCCCUGAACCAGGGCUGCUUGGCACCUAUCCGGGUAAUCAUACCGAAUAAUUCCAUCCUUGAUCCGUCCGAUGAUGCUGCUGUAGUUGGUGGCAAUGUACUCACUUCGCAGCGUAUUGUGGACACGGUUUUUAAAGCUUUUGGAACGUGUGCAGCUUCGCAGGGCUGCAUGAAUAACAUCACGAUAGGAGACGAACGUUGGGGAUAUUAUGAAACUGUCGCCGGAGGCAGUGGAGCUGGACCAGGCUGGCACGGAACGGGAGGUGUUCAUACCCAUAUGACCAACACCAGGAUUACAGAUCCGGAGAUACUCGAGCUACGUUAUCCGAUUAUUUUGAAAAAGUUUUCAUUACGUGAUGACCAGUCUGGUGGGGUUGGACUGUACAAGGGAGGUGAAGGGGUCCAGCGGGAGUUGCUGUUUCGCAAACCAAUGACUUUGUCGGUGCUGACGGAGAGGCGAACUUUGGUGCCAUAUGGACUAGCCGGUGGGGGUCCAGCUAAACCCGGACUCAACUUGCUUUUGAAGAAAGAUCGUGCUAUUAAUUUGGGCUGCAAAACAGCCGUUUCUGUGGACACUGGAGACAUAUUUUCAAUGAAAACUCCGGGAGGCGGUGGUUACGGCCGGUCCACUUCGAAUGCAUUCCCAGUGCUUGAUCUGGUCGAUGACGAUCCUUCGAAGGCGUUCGUGGAACGCGGUAGCGUGUUCGAGUACCGGCUUGCCCAGGAGUCCGUUUGAUGGCACGACGGAACUUCUUGUUAAGGGACCGAAGCGACAUUUAUCAAUUAGAUACUAGAAUACUGUAUUUGUGCUAUCUUCAUGAACAAUAAAACUUGUAAACUUG